UGUAAGGAGAGGGUGAGGUUGUACCGCUCCUGCGUUUUCUGAUACGUUACUCGUCACCGGUUGUUUACAUGACGGCUGGCGUACGUGAAAAGGAAUGGCCAGACCAUCGCCUUUAUAGUUGUAAUCUACAUCUUUAUCAUCGCGACACUCGGACCUGAAGAUACGUACGACGUUACGAGGUGCACCGCGGUAUCACAGAUGGACGAGUUACUGGAGGCGCUCGAGGAGCAGAUCAUCGUGCCUCGCAGCGCCGGCACCUACGCUGCCGAGCCUCUCACUGCGCCGCCCCGUAAACCUGACCGCGGCUUCAAGUCCAGUGCCCAGAACCGUAUUUUGAUCCGCGGGGGUCGCGUGGUCAACGAUGAUCGCAUGCAAGAUGCCGACGUGUACAUCGAGGACGGCGUCAUCGCGCAAAUCGGCAGCGAUCUGCACGUGCCCGGAGGCUGUCGGGUCAUCGAGGCCAAAGGCCGCCUCGUCAUCCCCGGCGGUAUUGACACUCACACGCACAUGCAGCUUCCCUUCAUGGGCACCUCUGCCAUAGACGACUUCUACACCGGCACCCGAGCCGCCCUCGCCGGCGGCACCACCAUGAUCAUGGACUUUGUUCUGCCAAGCCGUAACGAGAGUCUGGUGGAGGCGUACCACAAGUGGAGGGCGUGGGCCGACCCUAAGGUCUGUUGCGACUACUCCUUCCAUGUCGGGGUCACCUGGUGGGGUCCUAAGGUGACACAGGAGAUGGAGGAGUUGUGCCAGGUGCACGGUAUCAACUCCUUCAAGAUGUUCAUGGCGUACAAGGACGUCUGGCAGCUGAACGACACUGAGCUCCUGCACGCUUUCGACGCCUGCAAGCGCCUGGGCGCGCUGGCGCUCGUACACGCUGAGAACGGCGAUGUCAUCAAGGAGAAUUCGACGAAGUUACUAGCGCAAGGCAUCACCGGUCCUGAAGGGCACGAGAUGAGCCGGCCUGAGGAAGUCGAGGCAGAGGCCACCAACAGAGCGUGCGUGCUCUCUAACCAGGUGGGUUGUCCGCUGUACGUCGUGCACGUGAUGUCCAAAAGCGCUGCCGACGUCCUCAGCGAGAAGCGACGAGCAGGCUACGUCGUCUUCGGGGAGACCAUUGCUGCCUCGCUGGGCGCCAGCGGCAGCCACUAUCGCCACACCUGCUGGCGACAUGCCGCUGCCUUCGUCAUGGGGCCUCCGCUGCGCUCUGACCCCACCACUCCCGGCCAUCUCAUGGACCUUCUCGCCAACGGUGACCUGCAGACAACCGGCACGGACAACUGCACGUUCUCAGGAUCCCAGAAAGCUUUAGGGAAAGACGACUUCACGAAGAUCCCCUACGGCGUGAACGGCGUCGAGGAUCGCAUGUCGAUCGUGUGGGAGAAGGGCGUCGCGCAGGGCAAGAUGGAUCCUUGCCGCUUCGUGGCCGUCACUUCUACCAGCGCAGCUAAAAUAUUCAACAUUUAUCCCAAAAAGGGUCGCAUUGCUGUGGGGAGCGACGCUGACGUGGUCGUGUGGAACCCUCACGCGACACGCGUCAUCUCGGCCAAGACGCACCACCAGGCCGUCGACUUCAACAUUUUUGAGGGCAUGGAGGUGCACGGCGUGGCAGAGUGGGUGGUGUGCGGAGGACGUGUGGUGGUGGAGGACGGGGAGGUGAGGGUGGUGCAGGGUUCAGGACGGUACAUACCCACGCCCGUCUACUCCCCCACCGUCUACGCCAGGACUCCUGCCAGGGAUGCUGCCAAGGCGUGGAAGAAGGUGGAGCGAGAGCCUUACACCGGCCCCGUGUACGUGGCCAAUGACGCCUCUAACGACGGGACGAUAACGGAGAUAGAGCCGCAGUCCGUGAAAGCGACAGCUUCCUAUGCAAGAUCUUCAGUUAAAGUCAACCAACCACCUGGAGGGAACGCUUCUGGCAGCUUCUGGUGAUCAAGAGGCCGCGACAACGCGACCAUGUACCAUAGCAGCGCUCAUUCAGAGAUAUUUUAACCUCAAGUGAAAGGGACAAUUAAUUGUUGACAAAUGCCAAGUUUGUCACGAGGCAAAAAUUCUAAUUAUGUAGGAAUUUUCCACCGAAUCUCAUUAUACUAAUGCUAACGAGUACUUUUUUCAUAUCCUACGACAAGAUAAGUCAUCUACAUUCGGACACAAGAAUCCUACUUGGAAAAUUUCCCAUUUUUAUUUCCCUUUCACGCACGUGGUCUUUAAUUAGUAACAAUUUUUUCAAAAUUCAGAAAUCAGAUAAUAAAAAAAGUAUAGUUUUCUAAUAAUCUCUUUAUGAUAUCUUGUACCUCACAGUUUCGUCGACUUGUUCUUGAGAAAAACGUCCAGGGUUUUGUAGCUCACAGCCCUGCAAAACAUAACACUAUUAGCAAGCUUACACGCAAGACUUCAUUGGGACAGGUGUGAGGUUAGCUUCUCCGACAUGGCAGUUCCUUUCACGUCUAAUUUUAACAAGUCUCAAUAGGUUAUCAAGUCUCAAUAGGUUAUCAAGUCUCAAUAGGUUAUCAAGUCUCAAUAGGUUAUCAAGUCUCAAUAGGUUAUCAAGUCUC